AUGUCGAAUGCAGAGGAACAAAAGCAAGCGGCCCUUGAAGCGUUAAAAAAUCGCAUCGGGAGAAGGAAAGAAACACCAUUGACAGUAGCUGUAAUUGGGGCACCCGGAGUAGGAAAGUCUUCCUUCCUCAACACAAUGAUCACCAGCAUAACUGGAGAAUAUCGAGAGUGGGCCAGGACAGGAGAUUCUGGUGGAACUGGAAAACCAAUCACUUAUCGUCUACAAUGGCUACCUGUGACAAAGUAUGAAAGCAUCGUCGACGAUAACACCCUGGAAUAUAAUUUUCCAAACUUCUUGGAUAUAGCAGGAUUUGAAGAUACUGAUGAUGAAAUGACACAAGAGCUUCUAAAUCUCAUAUUCUAUGGGAGAAUUCCAUAUAACAUACCGCUCUUUAAGGUUGCAGAAGAUAUCAGAAAAUAUGGACGGUGGUACACUGAUGCGAAAUAUCCAGUUACCCCAGAAAGUAAGAAGAUCGACAGGAUAAUUUUCAUUGCUUCAGCAACAAAUCCUAAUUUACCGACACAACUCAUGAAAGCUGUAUCUUCAGUACAGUGGAGAAAAAGAGAUAUUCCACUAUUUGGUGUAUUGACAAACAAAGAUAGAAGGACCGAAAAUGAAGAAGAUUUUGAUCAGUUUGAGACUAAGUUCAAAACAACGCUUGGGCUGUCUCAUUUACAUUAUUUUCUUUGCACGAAUUACUGUGAUGAUAAUAUAGAAGAAAUUCGAUCAGGGACAGCAAAGAACAAUCCAGAAUUAGACGUACCUAUUCUGAAAUUCUUGAAACAGGUUCUAGAUCCAGUGCUGGAGAAUGUUGAUAUUCAUAGGGAGGUUGGAAUAACAUGGCAGAAUAUAGUGGAAUGGUUGCACACGCUGUGGGCUGCAUUACAGAACACAAAUAGACAGCAGUUUACCAUCAUUGUUGUUAUUUCACUUGUUUUGGUCGUUCUGACCUUGUUAUUGUUUUAAUCUAUAUAUUACGGAAGCCCAAUAGUGCAAACCAAAAAUUAUAAAGAAAAACGAAAUAUU